AUGGGAUCGAUCUCGGAGCCAGCGUCGGCUCAUGCUUCCCCUGCCAACAUACCCAUCGUUGAUCUCCGGUCAUUCUCAUCACCGGACAGUACUACAGAGGACCGCCGCACGGCAGCGGAAGAAUUGGUCAAAGCAUGCAGAGAGGUCGGAUUUGUCUACAUUCAGAAUCAUGGCGUGCCUCAAGAAGAGCUUAAUCGAGCGUUUGAAGUAUCGAAGAAGUUCUACGAUCUUCCCACAGAGGCAAAGCUGAAGGCACCUCAUCCUCCAGGUUGGGCUGUACACAGAGGCUAUUCUUGGCCAGGAUUGGAAAAGGUCUCCAACGUACUUAGCAAGACUGACGAUGAAGAGUCCGUCAAGCAAUUACGAGAAACCCAAGAUUUCAAAGAAAGCUACGAAGUAGGCUCAGAGAACAACCCAAAUCAACCGAACGUAUGGCCUCCGGAUGACGUGAUGCCCGAAUGGCGUCCCUUCAUGACCUCCUUCUACUGGACGUGCUUCGAAGCGGCAAAGAGAAUCCUGCGAGCCCUUGCCUUGGGCAUCGGACUCGAAGAAGACCAUCUGUUGAGAUAUCACAGCGGAGACUAUAAUCAACUCCGCCUGCUUCAUUAUCCGCCCGUCCCAGCACAAGCCAUUGAAGGGGGAAAGCUCGCUCGCAUGCCGGCUCAUACAGAUUGGAGUACCAUGACCAUGCUGUUCCAAGAUGACUGUGGCGGGCUGCAAGUCGAGGACCCCAAAAGGCCGGGAGACUUCAUUGAUGUUGCGCCUAUUCCAGGCACGCUGGUUAUGAAUGUGGGAGAUUUGCUGAUGCGAUGGAGCAACGACUACCUCAAAUCGACACUUCACCGAGUGCAACUUCCACCUCGACAGGACAGAUUUUCGGGCGAUGAAAGGAUGACGAGGGCUCGAUACUCGAUACCGUACUUUAUCACCACGGAUCCAGAUAGGUUGAUCGAAUGCCUUCGGUUUGACGACGAGCACCCGCCGAAAUAUGACCCGAUCACGCAGCGGGAGUACUCGGCCAUGAGGGCUAGGAUGCAGUACUAG